CCGUCAGCCGGGCGCCGCUCGCCGCUCGCGCUGUCGCCGAGAAGAUGGCGGCGCGCUGCUCGCUCGCGGCCUUGCAGCCGCUGCAGUGCGCGCUCGAGGACGCCCUCGCGGACGCGGCCACGGCCGAGCAGCGGACGGAGCUCGUGCUGAGCUACCUGAGGAAGAUGGAUUCGCGGGAGAAGCAGCUCACAGCGCCCGACUUCGGGGAAGGCCUUGAGUGGCUCAACACGGCGGGGCCCCUCUCGCUGCACCGCGAGCUCUCCGGCAGUCUGGUGUUGCUCGACUUCUUCACCUACUGCUGCAUCAACUGCAUGCACCUCCUGCCCGACCUACACGAGCUGGAGCGGCGCCACCCCAUAGCAGAUGGACUAGUGGUGGUCGGUGUGCACUCGGCCAAGUUUCCAAAUGAGCGUGUGCUUGCCAGCAUUCGCAGCGCUGUGCUGCGCUAUGACAUCACUCACCCGGUGGUGAAUGACGCUGAGGCUCAUCUCUGGCAGGAGCUGGAGGUGUCCUGCUGGCCCACCCUGGUGCUGCUGGGGCCGCGCGGGAACCUGCUCUUCUCGCUGAUGGGAGAAGGCCACCGUGAGCGCCUCUUCCUCUUUGUCCAAGUUGCUCUGCAACAUUACCGCCAGAUGGGCAAGCUGAAGCCCGGAGGUGUCAAAGUGCGGCUGUACAAGGACAGCCUGCCGCCCUCACCCCUGGCCUUCCCAGGGAAGGUGGCGACAGAACUGAAUGGGGAGCGGUUGGUGGUGGCAGACACCGGCCACCACAGGAUCCUGGUAGUGUCCACCAGCGGACAGGUGCUUCACUCAGUGGGGGGUCCAGGAAAUGGGUGGAAAGAUGGCGACCUGUCGGAGGCUUUGUUCAAUUCUCCACAAGGCGUGGUCAUGAAGGGUGAUGUUGUGUUUGUCGCCGACACAGAGAACCACCUCAUCAGAAAGAUCGACCUGUCGGAGGGGAAGGUGAGCACUCUAGCUGGUGUCGGGGUACAGGGCACGGACAAAGUGGGAGGGGGCUUGGGCCCCCAGCAGCCAAUCAGCUCACCCUGGGACCUGGCUUUGGGCACUGCUGGUGAUGUGGAGGACAAUGUGUUGUGGAUUGCCAUGGCUGGAACGCACCAGAUCUGGGCUCUGUUCCUGGACGACGGGAAGCUUCCGAAGUCCGGUGACUGUCCGAAGGGCACAUGCGUGCGUUUUGCAGGCAGCGGUAGCGAAGAAAACCGGAACAACUCUUACCCACAGAAGGCAGGCUUUGCGCAGCCCUCUGGCCUGGCUGUGGCACUGGAUCUCCCAUGGGUCUGCAUCUUUGUGGCGGACAGUGAGAGUAGCACCGUCAGAACCUUGUCCAUCAAGGACGGCGCUGUCAAGAACUUGGUGGGAGGGGAGAGAGACCCAUUGAAUCUCUUUGCCUUCGGCGAUGUGGACGGCUCCGGGACCGAAGCCAAACUGCAGCACCCCCUGGGCGUGGCCUGGAGUCCCGAGAAGGAGCUACUGUACAUCGCGGACUCCUAUAACCACAAGAUCAAGGUGGUGGACCCUAAGACCAAGCAAUGCCAGGUUCUGGCUGGGACGGGGGAGCCUGGUGGUGCCCGAGGGCCUGGUUUCAGUGAGGUCUGCUUCAGCGAGCCAGGGGGGCUGUGUGUGGGGCAGGGCAGCAAGGUGCUGUAUGUAGCCGACACCAACAACCACCACAUCAAUGUCCUGGACCUGGAGAGGCACACCGCGUCCCUGCUCGUCAUUUCUGAGGGAGACGUCCUGGAUGCAGUGGGCAGCACAGCCCCCAGGAAAGUCCCCUCCCUUCCCAAGUCUGCCCCCUGGGUAGAGUUACCCCCGAUGAGUGUGUCACCACAACAGACCCUCCACCUUAGCCUUGCUCUCUCGCUGCCCUCUGGGACCAAGCUGACCAAGGAAGCGCCGAGCUGCUGGGCCAUGUCUGCCGAAGGUGAAGACUGGCUUCAGGGCCAGAAAGUGACUGGUGACAUCAUGGAUGUGUCCAAGCCCGUCUCCAUCACAGCGGUUGUCCCGGCAAUUCCACCGUCAGCCACGCCCCUUCUGGUGCUCAACGCCUGGGUGUACUACUGCGGCGAGGGCGGAACAUGCAUGAUGAAAGCAGUCUCAUUCAGACAACCUCUUAGGAUCGAGGCCCCGCCCAGGAGCGGGGUUGCAGAGAUCACGCUCUCUCACAGCUUCUAACUCUCUGCUCUGAGCACCUUUGCUUUCCCACAAAGUGCCCAGCUGCAUUCGGCCUGUUCAGAGUUAAGGAAACAGUCGAAAAGGUACUCAUCGGCUUUUCUCAAGCCCACACAACAUGUGGUGUGAGGACCGUGCUCCUGGCACACGCACCCUGGACUGCAGUGAGUUCACCUGAGGAUAGAGAGCCUGACAACCGGAUCUUUGGGCCGGCAGGUGAAGAGAACUGCAGUUCUCAAAGGACAUGUAGCCACCUUCGCUUCCAGCACCACCUCCCAACUGCGCCUGGACCACAACUGGGCUGGCAACAGAACCAAGUGCCUAACUGAGACCCAACUCACAAGUGUCCUACCAUGAGGUGUCACCGCUCAGAUCAGAACUCCACAUGCAAUAAGGGCAGUAGCAUAACGGUAAUGUAGGGAACACAUGCCCACUCGUGUUUUUAAAUUUGAUAUUUUAUGUUUAAUAACCUUCAUGUUAAAUGUACUGAAGCUGUAUGUUUUGCUUUGUACCUGGGAAAUAACCAUCAUGAUCUUGCGUUUGGUUAGCGGACCUUUGUCCGCUGCAAGAACUGCCAAAGAGAACCGGACCCACAGUCACACCCCUUACCGCACAGAGCAGCUUGCUUUUCGGAAACCUCCGUCCGCUGUGUUCCUGAGCUGUGAUCUUCCACAGCUGCUGUUUUCAUAGCAAUAACCCUGCAGAGGCAUGUACGGUGGAGUUUUCACACUGCUGUGGUAAUAAAUUAUCUCGUUGCUCGAAAACUGUGUCAUUCACUG